CUCUUGUGUCCUUCACUUACCACCGGGACACUUCACGCAAAUGGGUUUCAGUACAAAGCCCUCCAUCAAGCGCACGCAGCCUUCUGCUGUCUUCGGACCUAUUCACGGCGUGCCUGUGGGGUCAACCUUCGAGAACCGUUUAUUCCUUCACCAUUCCUCUGUGCAUUCCGGCAUCCUCGCGGGUAUCUCAGGAAGCAAAGACGCAGGGUGCUACAGCGUAGUGCUAUCCGGAGGUUACGAAGAUGACAAAGAUGAAGGGUACCGCUUUACGUAUACUGGUUGCGGAGGUCGCGACAAGAAGAACGGCGAAAAGCCAAGAGAUGGGCCGCAGACUUGCGACCAAUCUUGGAAAAACUCCCGCAACGCUUCGCUCCUCGUAUCUGCGCGCACCAAGAAGCCUGUCCGUGUCGUAAGGGGAUACAAGUCGAGCUCCGACUGGGCGCCUGCCCAAGGCUAUCGCUACGACGGAUUGUACCAGGUGGACGAGGCAUGGAUGGACACCGGCAAGAGCGGGUUUCAGGUGUGCAAGUUCAGGCUUAGUCGUCUACCCGACCAACCACCUAUCCCUCGCCGACAAGGCACUCUGAACCUUGAUCUCUCGCAAUGGGAGAGGCCGCGACAUUUCGGUGGUGACUCUAUCCCAUCGGAUGACGAGUCCCCAGGCCCCGCUGCUCCGAGGUUACCGAAGCAAAAGAUCCAUAGCGCUAAGGGGAAGAAGAGAGCCGAUGCCGACGACGACGGUGAUGCUGGUCCGUCUAAUACAGCUGCGCCCGUUAAGAGGCUGCCUGCGAAGCCUGCCGCGCCCCUGGCUUCACCGAUACCUCCAACCACCAAUAUGGCUGGGGCUAGGCGUUUUGCUGCCCAACCACAGACAUCAACAAGCGCCCCAGAUGUGGACAUCAACAAUCUUCUUGCGGAGAUGCGUGGAGGUACCUCGAAGUCCUCAGUCCCAAUGCCUCCUCAGGCAUUGGCCUCUGCGAGGACGGACUCGCUACCUAAAGGGAGCAAGCCAAGUGAGGCUGGCCCAUCGCGUCCUGUGCUUCCGAAUGCUCGCGACCAGCAAGCAAGCGUGCCCACGAAACGGCCUACCCCUAGCACGGCGCCUGUCGCCAACGGUGAACCCACCGUGUCCCUGAUUCCGAAUGCAUCUCCCAAUCGCCGCAAACGAUCUUGGGACGGCGAUGUUCAUGGAUUGGAUGAUCACAAACGAGCGAAAGUCGACUUACCGACUUCCGCCGGUGCGAAGGUGGUUCAAGGCUCGCCUAAGCGGGCCUGUCCGAGCUCAGAGCGAUAGCCAAUAUCGCCUCUGAAUGGGGGAAAGAUCUGGGGAUGAAGUGCUUGAGUUAUGGACCGCGUAUAGGGUGUGGAUUUAGUAUACAGUGCUUGCUACUCUGGUUGUACGUGAAUAUCUCGUCAUCGUUUGUUGUGCGUCUCGAUUAUGUUGCUAUUCCCAUAUGCUUGCUUGUUCAUUUGUACUCAUAGUUAGUUUGUCUAGUCAUUGUUCAUGCUACUGUAAAAUUGUAUGAUAUGUGUCACUGCAUGUUUGUUUCAAGCCAUGUACAAUGUAUGUAUUCUGCACUGUGCAC